AAUAUUAAUAUGGCGUCGUAGAAGACCACAAUGAAGUAGUCACAUGAACGAGAGAUUGUUGAAUUCGCUUGAAUGAAUAUUUAAAUGAAUGUGCUUUCGAGAUUUGGCUAACCUGGAAGGUCUCUUUUUUUUGUUAUUGUCCAAUGUGAAUGUAAACUUUAUGUCAAUGGUGAUUGAUCUUUGGUAAAUAAUCAUAAAAGUCAAUGCAGUUGUAUGAGAAGAAAAACUAAUUUAUGGAAAUUGCGUAAUGAUUCAAGUGAAAUCAAUGCUGUUUUAAAUCCAAAUUUUUGUGUCAAUCCUAAACGCACAACCAUGUCAGUGCCAAACAUGUUUGAAAAACUAACACUAACAUCUAAAAAACCACGAGAGCAAUUUGCACCUAGAAAGCCAGUAAAAGGGUGUUAUUGUAAUGAAAUGAAUAAGAUACACAUAAGGUCAUCAAGAACUCAACGCAAACCUGUUUCACCUUGUCGUCAUUGCAGAAGCCAACUUGAAUUUAAAUCCAUAAAAGAAACUUAUGAUAAAACUGCACUAUCUUCGCCGAUUAGUUGUGAAACAUUUAGGAGAGUUAAAAAAAUCGAUUAUACACCUAGAUCUCAAUUUCUUCGCAAUGUACAAAACAAAAUCUGUGAAUUACAAACUGGAGGUGAGGGAGAUUGUUUGCGAACGUGUCCGCGAUCGUCUAGUUACCACAGAUUCAUGACAAGCCCAAGGAUGCAAGAUAUCAUUCCUGAUGAAAAAUCAACACUGUCGAAACACAAACACAAGUAUGUUGAUAAGAUGCAAUCAUUCCCAGCAUCCCCGACAGCACCCGCAAAUUCACUGGCGAGCGAACAAAGCGGAUCCGAUGAUACCGCCUGCACUUCGAGCAAAGGAAUUCAAGUGUCUUCGCGAAAGUUGUCAAAGUCAACAUUACGAAAGACUAUUAGAUCAAAGAGGCAAAUACCAAAGUCAAGUGAAAGACCUAUCUCGAAAUCACCGACACGAAGUAAAAAAGCAAUGCAAUUACGCAAACAAGAUUGUUCUUGUUGUUGCAGAAACGAGCCAAAAAGGGUCGCGAAAUUUGACAAAGAUGAAUGCAUACGAAUGUACAAUUUGCCGAAAUAUUGCGAGCAAAGGGACCAAUGCUUGGAGCACGAUGAUAAUUUCAUUAUUGAUAGUCCCAUGGACCAAGAAGUAGAAAACUUGAGAAAAUUUCGAGAGCAGAAUUACUUUGAAACGCAUGGCUCGAGUCAUACAUUGGCAUCGUCUCGGUCGUCAGGAUCUUUGCAACAAUAUCUGCUGAAUGAACGUCUUUUUCCGGAACCGAUAGGCAAGAUUCACAAGCAAGACUUGGUAGUAACGAUGCCGCCGUGCUCGACGAUACAGAAAAAACGCAUACAUUAUUUUCCUAGAUACGUGGUACGACAAGAAAAGAAUGUUUGCAAUACGAAUUAUAGGCGUAAACAUCAAAGCUGUCCUCUCACCGGUCAUGCCAUUGAUCUUGGAAUUCUGAAAGCUAGACCGCCAUUAAAUAGUCUGGCGCUCAAAUAUCAGAAAAGAGUUCCUUGAAACAAAGGCAACACACAGAUAUGUAUAUUCUAAAAUCUUGUUUUCUAUAUUUUUAUUAUAUAUUUUUAAAUCCACAUUUAUAGAACAGAAUAAUUUUUUUAUUUCAAAGAUUUGAAAAUAUAAGUUUCAACACUGAUUGUGUCACAAUAUUUAUAGGUAUAUCCUGUU